AUGGCGGCCGCUCGAGCAGCCGGUCGUCUCAGUCGACGUCUCGGAGCGGCGCUCCGUGACACCGCGAUGAACGCCGCUCGUGACUUCACGCGCAUGGGCUCGAGCCGAGCUCAGAAGGCGACGGCUGUCAAGCCGUCCCCGUGCAUCCUCCGCGCGCCGAAGAGAACUCCGACGUCGACGUCGGCGACGCCCGCGCCGACGCUCGCGCCGACGCCCGCGCCGACGCCUGCGCCGACGCCCCGGUACAUCCUCCGCGCGUCGACGAGAACGCAGACGUCUACGUCGGCGACGCCCGCGGCGACGCCCGCGGCGACGCCUGCGGCGACGCGCGCGGUCGCGCAGCAGCCCGUCUCCUCGCGCACGCGAUCGGGGGGUCGCGGCGGAGGCGGAGGCGCUGGUUUCGACGCGGACCCUGCGGAGUUCAUGACUCUCGCGUGCAACGCCGUCCUGUCCCGCCUACGCGACGAUGGCGUCGGUCGCGACGACUCCGCGCCUCCUCCGCGGGCGAUGAGGCGCCUCGCGGUCGAGUCGACGAGCGAGCUUCCUCCUCCGUCGCGGAGAUCGUCGCCGCCGCUGCAGCCGUCCGCGCUCGUCGUCACACCCGCGGCGCCGAUGACGUCCGCGACGCCGCGGCCGUCCGUAGCGAGGACGCCGUCCGCGGCGAGAAAGGCAGUGACGCGCGGUGCCCACUCGGUGGUUCAGGACAUGCACAGCGUCGAAACUCGCAACUACGAGGCGGGCAAAGUGGCUCGGCAGCAGCGUAAAUCCCUCGAUGAACGCAGGCGUGACGAUGCUGCCGCCGAGGAAACUCGCGCGGCGAAUGCCGCGCGAGAUGCCGCGGAGCGGGAGGCGUUCAAGCUGAGAUACGAAACCAUCGACGAACUGCGCGCGGCGGCGGUCAAAGCGGUCCAGAUGUCCGAUGACGAGUGCGUCAGAGACAUCAAAGCAGAGCACGACGCGAUGGUCGCCGCCGCGAAGAAACGCGCGGCUGACGAGGCCAAGGAUGAAGCCUCCCGAUCGGUUCCCAAGCCCGCAGAACUGAAGAGACGCAUACUCACGCCCGAGGAGCGCGCCCGCGUCGACAAGAUCGACGCGCCGUGGCGCGGCGUCGCGAAGGCGUACCUCGAGCACGACUGGCCGCUGCCGUUCUGGUUCUCCGCCGGCGCGCUCGCGCAGGGCAACGAGACGCUCGAGCUCAUCGUCGAACAGUACGAAAUCGACACCAUGGACGAGCUCGGGCACUGGUUCGGCGCGAUGUGCAGCGACGCAUACUUCGAGGCUAAAUCUGGCCGCUUUACGCUUCAGACGACAAAUCGCGAGUACGCCGAUCUUCAACGCGCCAACCUCCACAACGUGCAGUGGAGGACCACAACCAGACCUGGCGCCGAGAUGGAGUCCGACUUCAUCGAGAAAUUCGAAGCCACGUGUUCGAACGGAGCAAAGUCUUGGAAGUACGCCAUCACGACCACGCCCGUCGGCGACAAGAAGCUCCAGGAGAAGUUCUACACGAAUCGUCGCGGCAAAAAGGUCAUCCUCCCCAAGGACCUCGAGGACGACCCGCUGUUCCCGCUCGCGCUUACCGCCACGCCGGCGUGGAUGGACGCGACAGUCGCCGGCGACGGGUCGCUGCGUGAAGGAAUUUUCUCCCUCGCGGUCUGCGACUUCACGCCCCGCGAGCUGGACUGGUUCAUCAACAUCCUCGCCCGCCCGAGAUGGAGAGACGGCACCGACACGGUCGUCCACGGCGCGUUCCCGGUGGCGAGGAGGAAGAAAGGGCGGAAAGGCCAGUACACGCUCGACAUGACCGAAAAGUCUCUCAAAGACGCUGGGUACGCGCCGCGCUUCGGCAGCGGGACCCGCACGCACGGCAUCCGCGUGAAGGAGUUCAUCUACACCGCGGCUCUUCCGGUAACCCGCGCGUACCCGCACAAAGGCGUCUUCUUUCCCGACAACGACCUCUGCAGUGCCGCGGGCGCGUGGCGAUCCCGCGGCGAGUCGUUCACCCACAUCAUCGUCGACGGGGUCAUCCGCGGAUUCAGCCUCGAGGAGUUGCAAGCCGAACUUCUGCGUGCGACGGGGUUGAACUUCACGGAUGAAAACCUCUUCGGGAUCAUCACCAUGCCGCGGCUCCCCCCGGGCGAAAGUUCGGGAAGAAAGAAAGAGCUCGGAAAGCAUCAUGGCUUGGGUUUGCCCUUCCCACCGCGGCGGACGUGCGACAAGACCGGGAACUCGGACCACGUCAAGCACACGAUACACGACGUGAACGCGGCGAACGUGAUCAUCGGCAUCGUUCGCACGGGAGGCCGCAACGCGGUACUGCACGGCGGCUUGGCUUGCGGCGGUGAAGAUUCCGUCAAGCAUUUCAUCAAGAUGCGCGGCGCCAUGUACGAGGAGUACGGGUACAUCUUCGACGCCAAGCAAGGGCUGUGCAUCUUCCCCGGGGGCACGAUCGACCGGGACACCACCAAGCUGCUCACGCAGGAAGUGUUAGACGCCCAGGAACGGUACCACAAAGGCUGCGUCGAGAACGGCAAGUUCACUCCGCCGGAGCUCCUCCCUCACCGCACCGAUGCACAGCUCAAAGUGCAAUUCGCGCCACUGCUCGAGGAGAAGCUCGAGGUGCGCGCGCUGAUCGUGAAGCUCCAGGGUUGGCGCAUGGAGUUGAGACGCACAGCCAGCAGCAAUUGGGCAAGAUCCUACUUCAUCUACACCGAUCCCGGCACCGGCACUGUCAAGAAGGAGACCCCGGACCUGAACAGCGCCAUGAAGUGGAUCGUCGUUAACCAACCGGAGAACGCGCAACAGCUCAAGGAUUUGCUCACCAAGUACCAGCCGGAGAUCAAGAAGCAGUUUGAGAGGACAGCGACAGCGACAGCGACGGCGACGGCGACAGCGACAGUGCUGAUCGUGAAGCUCCAGGGUUGGCGCAUGGAGUUGAGACGCACAGCCAGCAGCAACCAGGCAAGAUCAAAGUACUUCAUCUACACCGAUCCCGGCACCGGCACUGUCAAGAAGGAGACCCGGGACCUGAACAGCGCCAUCAAGUGGAUCGUCGUUAACCAGCCGGAGAACGCGCAGAAGUUCAAGGACUCGCUCACCAAGUACCAGCCGGAGAUCAAGAAGCAGUUUGAGUGGACAGCGACAGCGACAGCGACGGCGACAGCGACAGUGCCAGUGCCCGCGGGCGGUGCGGAGGGAGAUGGAGAUGAUGCCGAGGGUGCUCGGGAUGAAGACGAGAUCGCCUUGACGCAGUCAAAGAAGAAACGCAAGACGAAGCGAUGA